CUUCCUGAAUAGUAUAAAAAUAGAUAACCGAUAAUUAUUUAUCUGAUUUGGGGUGUGUAGCAUUCAAGUGUAAAGGAAAAUGUUGCGAGUUUUAUUAUCUAUUGAAAUAAGAAAUAGCAGCGGAAUAGAGAUUGAAUCAUUUAUACACAGUGCUAGCAGUGUCAUUGCAGACAAAGCAUCAUAUAAAUUUAGGGUUGUGGGAGAAGCAAAGAUUAUUGCAAUUUUUGAAGUAGGUGAUGAUUCAGUUGUGAACAAGGUUACAGCAGAUAUAAUGAGGAUGGGUCCCUAUAAUGUGACAUGUACACCUCUUAUUGGUACUGAAAGGAUGGCGAGUAUUUUAGGACUUAAUUACCUACGAGAUUUACCAAGAACAUAUCGAUUAUCUAACAAAUAUGUCUUAUGGUUUGAACUGCCGAUGGACAACCAUGGUAAAGUGGAAUUUUAUUAA